UUCCCGGAUGUCUGUCGUGAAGAAGGUUGGCUCACGUUCACCAAACAAAACACAGACGGUAGGUUGACAUGUCUGCUAUUUAAUGGUUUCUGUGGGGAACAAGUGCUGCAGCGGUGCAGCCCAGGCCCUCUAAAGACAUCUAACGUUUUCUCAACAUCUACACUGAUCAAGGGUGGACACCAUCUGGUGAGAAAUGGCAGAGGGAGGUUUUGACCCUUGUGAGUGCAUCUGCACCCAUGAGCAUGCUAUGAGGCGCCUAAUCAACCUGCUCAGGCAAUCUCAGUCCUACUGCACAGACACAGACUGCCCUCAGGAAUUGCCAGGUCCCAGUGGGCCAGUCAGCGGAGGAGGUGACCUGACCCUCCCCAUGGUUCUGAUGGGAUGGGCGGUGCUGGCUCUGCUCCUGUUCCUGUUGCGCCCAUCCAGUCUCAGGGGUUCCCGUCCCACAGGCAAACCUACUGGACCCCACAAUAGCGAUGGAAGAGAGCCUCCAGCACCCCCUAUUGACUAGCAGUGGAGAGUAGCAGCACUCACCCACCUACUCUGACUGGAGCUGCACAGUGAAGCUUGAUUUAUACUUCUGCGUAAAAUCUACGCCGUUGCUACGUAUGUAGGUACGUGUAGACACAAACCUACGCCGGACCCUACGCCAUAGCCUGACGUGCACCUCUCGAACGUACGUUGCUCAGCCGUGGCUUUGUAGCGUUGCAUUUCCCCCGACUCAUUUCCUGGUUCUCCUUCUCCAUAAACCACACGGAAUCAAGGAGAGGGUUAAC